AUGUUCAAGAAAGACAUCCCCCCAAGCAACCGAUCGAAGGUCAAGUCCUCCGUGCAGCGCGGUCUCCGCCAAAAGCUGCUGGAGACCUACCCUGGCUUCGAACCAUUCAUCGAAGAGAUCAUGCCGAAGAAGGGCUCUCUAGAGGCCGUGAAGCUCCCCGACAGAGUAACCCUCUACACAUUAGACUCAGCCCCCCUCUUCUUCCAACCCUUCGACGGUCCCCCGAUUCCUCACCUCAAGCUCAUUCACCAAUUCCCCUCCGCCCUCCCCACAAUCCAGAUCGACCGCGGCGCAAUCCGCUUCGUGCUCUCCGGCGCAGCACUCAUGGCGCCCGGUCUGACCUCGCCUGGUGGCCGGUUGCCGGAGAAGGAGAAUGCCCUGGAGGCUGGACAGAUUGUUGCUGUUAAGGCUGAGGGAAAGGAGGAGGUUUGUCUGGUUGGUAUGCUGAAGGUUGGGACGGAGGAGAUGAAGAGCAAGGGCAAGGGUGUUGUUAUGGAUGAGGGUCAUUACCUUGGUGAUGGGUUGUGGAAGAUGCAGCUUGAUUAA